AUGAGUGAUAUGCUCCACACGUUCACAAUAGCAUGUCUUGAUUUAAAUACUAAUCCACAUGAAGGAAAAAGACGACAAUUAUUGGCUAAAUGUUUCAAAUUUUUUCGUACUGUAGCAGAUUGUCGACAAUACAUGGAAGAAAAUAAAAGCGAAAAUAUCAUCUUAGUAACAGUGGAUUCUUUGGGGAAAAUAAUUCUACCGACCAUACACGAUCUUCCUCAAUUAACUGCCGUCUAUAUACAGUGCGCAGAUAAAGAAAAAACCGAAGACUGGACACGAUGUUAUACAAAAAUAAAAAAUGUCGAUACCGAUUCUUCUUCUCUGUUACAACAGUUAUAUCUCGAUGAAAUCAAAUCUAAAAAUACAUCACAAAAUUCAUUUCGAGGAAUCGAUUUACAAGAUCAAACGUCAACAAUUAGUAUUUACAAUCGAUCCGAAGCUUCAUCAACAAAAUUGAAUGGAAAUUUUUUAUGGUUUCAAUUGUUCAUCGAAAUUUUACUAAAAUUAUCAUUUACGAUUUCAACUGCGAAAAAGGAGUUGAUCGAUUUAUUUAAAAAUACAUAUGACAAUGAUGAAAUCGAACAACGUAAAAUUAGAGAGUUCGACAACGAUUAUGUGUCUGAUAAAGCAAUAAACUGGUAUACGAAAGAUUUUUGUUUAUAUAGACUCCUUAACAAAGCUCUAAGAAAACAAGAUAUUGAUUUACUUUAUACAUUUCGAUUCUAUAUAGCAGAUGUACACCAACAAUUACAAAGAGAAUAUAAACAUUUGAAAGCAUCAAGUACGACGUCAGUGUUGCAUGUUUAUCGAUCGCAAGCAAUCAGUUCUAUUGAAUUACAACGCAUAAGGCAAUCUCAAAAUGAAUUUAUAUCAAUGAAUUCGUUUCUAUCAACAAGUAAAAGCAAAGAACAAGCUUUAUCCUUUAUAUUGGGUGCUGAAUCAACAGAUGAUUUAGCUUAUGUUCUUUUUGAAAUGUAUAUUGAUCUUAAAUUGAAUUCGUCGAAACCAUUUGCUGAUAUCACAAUGUUAAGCGCUAUUGAAGGUGAAGAAGAAGUCCUUUUUAUGUUGGGAUCAAUAUUUCGUAUACAAAAUGUUACUCAAGAUGUCAAUAAUAAUCUUUGGAUUGUGUCUUUAGAAUUAUGUAGUCAAGAUGAUACCGAAUUAAAUUCUAUAUUUAAAUAUUUUACAAAUAAUUUUGGCGAAAAAACAAGUUUGUGGCAUUUAACUGAUUUACUUUUUGAUAUGUAUGAACUUGAUAAAUCAGAAAAAUUCUAUAAGCGUUUGAUUCCUGAAGUAUCGGAAUGUGAAGCAGCCAUAUGUUAUGACGCUCUAGGUGUUAUUGAAAAUGAAAGAGCUAACUACAAUCUCGCCUUAGCAUACCAUAAUCAGUCAUUAAACUAUUUGAUAAAAAUUGUUGAUGAUAAUCAUCCUUUACUUGGUUAUACAUACGAUCAUCUUGGUACUGCUUACAGAAAUUUAGACGAUUAUGAUCAAGCUUUGAAAAAUCAUCUGCUAGCGUGCGAAAUUUGGUUAAUGGUCUAUGGUGAUAAUCAUACCGAGAUUGCCAGAUCUCUCAUUAAUAUUGGCCUUAUUCAUGAUAAAAAGCAAGAUUUUGACAAUGCACUAAGUCAUUAUUUCUAUGCUUUAAAAAUAUAUGAAGAAAAUCAUCUCCCAAAUGAUCAUCCAUUGUUUGGUUUACUAUUUAAUAAUAUUGGUUAUAUCUAUUUUCAACAAGAUGAUUACAUUGAAGCAUUAAAUUAUUACAAUAAAUCGCUAGAAGUUCGAUUGAAAUGCUUACCAUCAUUGCAUACCGAUAUUGGGGUUACUUAUCAUAAUAUGGGUGCAUUGCAUUUUAAUCACAAAAGUUACCUUCAGGCAUUGGAUUGUUUCCUAAAUGCUAAGGAAAUUUAUGAACAUUCCUAUGAAAAUACACAUCCGCGUAUACUCAAUCUACGAGAUGACAUACAAAAAUGCCAGUUUUUGAUAAAUCAUUUCAAUCAGAAACAUAUUCAAUAA